AUGGAUGCCACCAGCGACCUUAUCAAAAUCUUGUGUCAGGAAUCAUCGACGCAAACGAGCUCUGACCUGGAGCUGGAUGUUAUCGAGCUUCAAGAUGUGGAAUUCGGACGAGCUGUGAUGCUUUCCGAAAAGAACACGGAGGGUAUUGACAUCCUGAUACGGCUACACGACAUUGUGCUGGAUGGAAUCAAGGAUGCCAUUCAACCAUACAUGCUUCGUUCUCGAUUCAAGCCCAACUUCCCGCCGUUGGAGAGCCUGCUCGAUUAA